AUGCCGUCGAAAGAGGAAUUGGCCCAGGCAUUUCAAAGUGUUAUCGAAACAUGUAACUCGCAAAUUCCCGGAUCGACUGACUCUUCUACUUUUUUCAAAGAAAUCCUAUCUACACUUGUGAAAGAUUUGCAAAAGAACAUUUCAGCAACCGAGAAAAUGAUUGCUCAAUUGAACGUUGAUGUUUGUUUUCUUGUGGAAACUGGCUUGACUCCAGAGUCAAAAAUCGAAACAAUAAGAACAAUUGAUAGAGAAAAAUAUCGUGUUUUCAAUCAUCCAAUGGGAAAACCGUUGUCAAGAGAAAAAGCCAAGGGUGGUUUGAUGAUAUUGGUCAAAGAAAAGCUCGUUUUCAAUGAAUCCAUCAAUUUUUCGAAUGGUUUAACGAGUGGUCAGCAUUCUCAAUCAAAAUAUCGUCCGGAAAAGUUGCAAAAAUUGAGGAAAACCCUGUCCGAUCCAAAUCUCUCGUUGGAAACUGAGAGAAAACUGUAUCAUCAAGAUUGUUUCAUCGAUUUGUGUGGUGUGAGAUUUAUUCUUUUGUACCGAAGUUACGCGAAUGCGCCGAUUUUCAAACUUUCUUGGGAUUUGAAACAAAUGAAGAAGAAUGCUCCGAAAAACAUUGUGAUUAUGGGUGAUUUCAACCCGACUGAUCGCUCGAGUACUCGAAAAAUCGAAGAAAAUUUGGAGAAGUUGUCGUUGACAAAAGAAUAUUUCAGAUUGGAUUCGACAAAUGUGCUCGAAGUGAUCGAGUCAACAUUUCCCACUCAUCAACAACGAGUCGAUUACCCACGAUCUAUCAAUCGCAAAAGACUAUCGAUC